CCGCUAGCACCAUGAAGACAGAGAAGUCCCCGCGGGACAUGAGCCAGUGGUCGGAGGAGGAUUUCGCCCUCAACUGCACCUACAUCGUGCCGGACCAGGUGUCCGAGCCCGGAUUCACCCUCCCCAGAGCCAUGACCUCCGUCCCACGAAACCUCACCCUGCAACACAGCUCAGCCAAUGAGGUGACGGGUGUGUUCAGUAAGGAAUACAUCCCCCAGGGCACGCGCUUCGGGCCCCUGCAGGGAGUCGUUUACACCAAGGACAACGUCCCCAAGAUGGCGGACAGGAAGUACUUCUGGAGGAUCUACCGCGGCCGCCAGCUCCACCACUUCGUCGACGGCGAAGACGUGCAGAAAAGCAACUGGAUGCGCUUCGUGAAUCCGGCGCGGACGCUGUCGGAGCAGAACCUGGUGGCCUGUCAGAACGGCCAGGAGGUGUUCUUCUACACCAUGCGGCCCGUGGAGCCCAGCCAGGAGCUGCUGGUCUGGUACAGCGCAGAGUUCUCCCAGAGGCUCUGUGGACACCAGCAGCACGACGGCCACAGACACAAACGUUCAGAAGUUGAGAGUAAGCCAGCUCCCCGGCACCUCCUACCCCAGAGACCCUGGCUCCUCCGAGGGGCGCAGGAGCACAUGAAGGUGGAGGACGAGGAGGAGGACGAAGAGGAGCACAUCGACGUGGAGGUGCUGGAGAGAGACACGCCGCCGGACACGCCCGAGGGCUACGUGAUGGACUUCAGCGCCACGGCCGAGAGGAAGGAGGAGAAGGUGGAGGAGAUGGAGGAGGAGGAGGAGGAGGAGCAGAGGACCUCCCCCCACCGUCCCACAGAACAAAACGGACAGUCCGCCCUGAACUCGCCGCCUCCCUCCCCUCGCUCCUUCUACCACGGCCGCAUCCCCUCCACCCACCCCCACCUGCUGCAGCGAGACCUCCACCUCCACGGGCUCUACGGCCACAAGGAGGUGCCCUCCUACCCCUUCUACCCCCAGCACCCGCCGCCCCACAUGCAGCUCCUCCCCCCCUUCAACCCCCUCCGCUUCCCCCCGAUGCCCCCCCCGCCAGGCAUCUUCCUCCCCGCCUCGCCCUACCCCACCCCCCUCCCCCGGCGGGACGCCCCCCCGCGCGGCUCCUCCUACCUCCUGGGGAACGACGGCCUGCCCUACUUCCCCCUGGGGCAGCCCGGCGUGCUGGCCAUGGCCCCACCCCACCACCCCCACCAGCCCUACCUCCCCCACCCCCACCCCCACCUGGCCCUCCACGGCGGCCUGAAGGAGCGCGCCGCCAACAUGUCCCCCCCGAGCGGCGCCCCCGCCACCCCGGAGCUCUCCCCGGCGCCGCCCAAGACGGAGGUGGAGUCGGACCCGGAGCCGGACCGCGCCGGAGACGAGGGUCUGUACCCGAGUCCCCAGCCCUCCCCCUCGGGCUGCGAGGAGGCCAUGAACCUCAGCCUCCGGGCGGCGGCGGCGGCGGCGGCGGUGGCCGCACAGAGGGGCCCGGCGGCACGCAGCGGCCCCGGGUACAAGGCCCUGCCCUACCCCCUGAGCAAGCAGAAUGGCAAGAUCAAGUACGAGUGCAACGUCUGCCUCAAGACGUUCGGGCAGCUAUCCAACCUCAAGGUUCACCUCCGCGUCCACAGCGGCGAGCGGCCCUUCCAGUGUGACCUGUGUAAGAAGAGCUUCACGCAGCUCGCACACCUCCAGAAGCACAACCUAGUCCACACCGGAGAGAAGCCCCACGAGUGCCAGGUGUGUCACAAGCGCUUCAGCAGCACCAGCAACCUGAAGACCCACCUGCGUCUCCACUCGGGGGAGAAGCCCUUCCAGUGCAAGCUGUGCGGAACCAAGUUCACGCAGUACAUCCACCUGAAGCUGCACCGCCGGCUCCACACCGGCCACCAGCGGCCCUACCGUUGCCCCCACUGUGCCGUCGCCUACUUCCACCGCUUCUCCCUGCGGCUGCACCAGCGCGCCUGCUGCCAGGCCCAGGGCAGCCCGGCCAGCGCCUUCGUCCGGGACAUGGUGGAGCGCUUCGACGCCAGCCAGGAGGCGGAGGCCCUGCCCGAGGGGGCGUCGGCCUCACAGGUGGAGGAGGCGGCCGAGCGGUGGAUGGCGCGCGGCUUGGAGGGCGUCGAGGGAAAGGGGGACCGCAAGGAGGCCGGCGUGCUGCUGGAGGCGCUGAGCCAGGCCAUCAACGCCCCGCCCCCGAGGGCGGCGCUCCAAUCGGGGGCCGCCGCCGCUGCCGCCGCCACGCAUCACAGCCCCCAGCCGACCAAUCAGGCGAGGGCAAGCGUGGUGCACCUCUACAAGCGACCCACAGUGAAGACCGAGGCGCAGUAGGGACGUUGUUUUGGACUUGGGUCGGGAGAUCGAGGGAGGGACGUUAAAAGGGCCGGCGACGUCGACGUUCCGUUGGCCGCUUGGUGCAAAACGAAAGCAAAGAAAAUGAACAAGAGGGGGUUGCCAAACAUGAGACGUCCUUUGUCUCGAUUGGUGGACAGGGGAAGGGUUCAGUCCAAUGAGCGCAGCACCAAAGGAAGAGCCUUCCAAAGACUGAACUGGUGUGUUCAUCCAUUGCACUUACAUGCUUCCUGCUCUACCAGGUUCGGGAGUAAAGAGAGGAAGUGUGUCUUUUUAUGUAGCUGUGAAGUACCUCCAACUGUUUUUACUCAGGUAGACGUGUGUUUCGCUUUUACUGAUUGUUUUUUUUUAACUUAUUAUUAUUUUUAUGUCUUCGACUUUGAAUCGUGUAUAUUUAUUUAGUGAAGUGAGUAUGUGGUGCUGUUAGUGUGUUCCUCUUUUGUCAAUGUCAACAUCUCCCAAGGAUGUGAGAUGUCUUAGAAAAGAAAAUGAAAGCCAAAUGUUCCUCAUAAUAUUGAGCCAAAAAUGAAUCACUGGUUCUACCUGUGAUAGGGCUUUAUAUGAAUGCUCAUCUGUUGUUUUCUGUUUGUUUCUUACAUGUUCUGUUGGAGUGUGCCUGACUUAGUUUGGGUAAAUGAUGUACGUUUGUCUUUCUAUAUUGUAUUUGUUAUUUAUUGAAUCCAAAACUGAACGGUAUCUUGAAACCAUACACCUAUGUAUGCAAUUGCCAAAAACGAAAUAAUAUUGAUUAAAAAUAAAACCUAAAGUCCCUAAGUCAAAGAAAACACGACACAAGACUAGCGUGAACUGGAUCCAAUAUUUACUGAACACCAUUUAACCAAAGUCUGCAAAACCUACAAGAAGAACAAUAAUCAAUAAUCACAUAAAUUACAGUUUAUCUCAGCCUUUAACACUCUCUACUAUACCAACAGAAUACAAUUUGUCUUGAAGACAAACUGUGAUUUACUAUGAGUGUUGUUUUAAAGUCUACUAGUCUCUCUAUGACCCAUUGAUAUUAUUUUACCAUCAUGCUUAUCCAAAUGCUGAACCUACUUGAAGCCAAACCCAAAUAUCCUUUCCAUUCCACAUCUUCAGAAUUGAACUGCUGUAUAUGACACACUCAGGCUCUCUGGAAAGUUCCUUUAUGUAACUGAGUUACAGAAUAGGACCAAGUGUUAUUCAUAUUCCACUACUGGUGGGCAGUGCAUUUGUUCCUUCAUGUAGAUAGUUUAUUUUGUUAUGUUAUAUUUGUACAGCAUGUUUGUGUAUUUCGAUUAUUUUUUGGAUUCAGAUGCCGAUAAUUUAUAUGCAAGAGACUAUUUUGAUGAUACUUUUAUAUUGACGAUAUGU